GGGAAAGACGAUGUUCAAGCUCCACCGCCACCGCGCCUCCGACCGGAGUGUCGGCGAGCGCUUCGAGUUCAGGUUCUCCAGCUUCCGCGCCGUCCAGGUCCCUGCAGUAUCCGACAGGCUGUUCCUCUCAAUAGUCUCCGUCGAUACCGGGAAAACGAUCGCCAAGUCAAGUAAAGCAGCCGCCCGCAGCGGGAUCUGCCAGUGGCCCGAUUCCAUACUGGAACCCAUAUGGUUUUCUCGGGACGAAGUGUCGAAAGAGUACGACGAGUGCCAGUACAAGAUCGUUGUUUCUGUGGGGUCGAUAAAAACUGGUAUUCUCGGCGAAAUCUUGCUGAAUUUAUCUAACUUUCUGAAUCUGGUGGACCCAACAGCUAUCUCUCUGCCAUUGAAGAAAUGCAAUUCUGGAACUGUUUUACAGCUGAAGGUUCAAUUUCUUGGCACAAAAGCUAAGUCAAGUGGCGUUAGAUCAUCGAAGGACAUGCCCCCUCGUAUCGCCGACCGUUGUCUAAUAAAUGAUGAUAUGCAUAACAAAUCAGAUGGCUCUGAUAAUGUCAGGAGUGUCCGGUCUUCACCAGGAAACCCUGUAGGUGGCACUUAUCAAGAUGAACCUGGAAAUAGGGAAAUGAGUUUCUCAGCAUCUGGUUCUCACCGGAGUUCCAAUUCUGGAGAUAGUACUGCCGAUAGAGCAAACUUAUCUCCGAGAGAAAACUCUAAUGGUGGAUUGUAUGCCGGGAGGCAGGAUUCAGGUAGUUCAUAUGUUAGUGCUGGCCGUGGUGAUGAAGGAUUCAAAUCAAACAAUUCAUCUUUCAGUUCCCGGGCCUCAGGUCCAAACACAGUUCAAGGGAAUACUCCAAAAUCAUUCUCAAACGGGAUUGCUCAAUCAUCACUGGGGACAUCUGAUUCAUCCAAAGAUCUUCUUGAGGCUGCUGAAGAAACAAUUGAGGAACUCCGUGAUGAAGCAAAAAUGUGGGAACGACAUUCUCGCAAACUGAAGGCAGAUCUAGAGGCGCUGAAGAGGGAAUCUUCUGAGAAAUCCAAGCAGCAGGCUGAGCUAGCAGUUGAACUGUCUGCUGCACAUGCUGAGAGGGAUUCCUAUAUGCAUGAAAUUGAAGAAUUGAAGUCAUCUCGGAAAGAGUUAAACACACGGCAAACAAAAUCAGGAACUCCCAAACGUGGUGACUGGAUUGACCUGCAGAAGGAACUAGAAGACGAGAUGAAGUUUCUGAAAGAAUCAAAUGCAAGCUUAGCGGUACAACUGAAGAAUACUCAAGAGGCAAAUAUAGAGCUUGUUUCUAUUCUUCAGGAACUGGAAGAGACCAUUGAAGAGCAGAGACUGGAGAUAUCUCAAAAUUCGAAGGUCAAGGAUGUCACUAAUCCGCCUGUCUCGAAGAAUGGGUUAGUCAAAGAUGACACAGAAUGGGCUAGGAAACUGUCAAUGAAAGAGGAUGAAAUUAAAAUAUUGAGGGAGAAAUUAGAUCAUGUUCUCAAUAUUGAAAAUGCAGGUGCGGCAGGUUCUGAUACCAUUUAUCUUGAAUUGGAAAAAGAAAAUGAAAGUUUAAGGGUAAAAGUACAAGAGCUCGAGAAAGAUUGUUCUGAACUAACAGAGGAAAAUCUGGAGCUUAUAUAUACGUUGAAAGAAAGCGGUGUGGUAAAAGGGCAGGAUCCUCUUGUUUCAUUGUCUGAUGCCAAAGAGUUACAGAAAAAGUGUGCUGACCUUGAGCUGAAGCUGCUACGUUUUAGGGAUCAAGGCUGUGAGCUAGAAGAUAAGCUCCAAAAAAGCCAAGAAGAACUAGAGCAAAAAAAUCUUGAGCUAUCUAAGCUAAGAGAGGAGCUUGAAGGCUUCAAUGGUGGUGAAACUGGUGGUGUGAGAGGAUACCAAUUUGGAAGAGAAGACCAAAAGGAUAGUGAAUCUGAGGCAGAAAUGGUGAAGACCAGAGUCCAGAUACUACAACAGGAAAAUGACAACUUCCGGCGCUUCACAGUUGAAAGGGAAGAUUUUAUUUCUGAAAUUCAGGAACAGAAGAGUCAGUUGGAGGAACGCUUGGCAGCAUCAGCUAAAGAAAGUAGCAUAACUUCCAAAUGCUUGGAUGAAUUGCAGCAAGAUAUUUUAGUGCUUUCUAGCAGCAUAGAUUCACAUGUGUCUGCUAAUAAGGUUCUAGAAAGAAAUAUAAUUGAACUGGAGAGCUGCAAAUCUGAACUAGAACUACAUAUAUCAGAGCUGGAACAGGAAAAUAUUGAGUUGUCAGAACGUAUAUCUGGACUGGAAGCUCAAUUAUCUUACAUGACAAAUGAAAAGGAGUCAACUGAGCUGCAGAUGCAUGACUCAAAAUCACUUGUCAUCAGUCUCAAAGAUAAGUUGGAGCGACAACAAGUAGAGAUGGAUACUCAAAGGCUGGAGUUUAAACAAAAGCAACAGGAAGCUCACAGAAAAUUGGCUGAAGCACAGGACGAUUCGGAAGUUCUGAGAAGAUCUAACUCUAAUUUACAAUCGACAGUUGAGAACCUUAUUGAAGAGUGCAGUUCUCUUCAAAAUCUAACUGCAGAGCUGAAAAGGCAGAAGUUGGAAUUGCAUGGCCGGUUUAUGCAACAAGAGCAGGAAUUGGAUAGCUCGAAAAAAAGGAUACAUGAUUUUUGUAAAACUGUGGAAUUUCUAGAAGCGAAGCUUUCUUCUCUUCAGAAGGACAUAUCUUCCAAAGAGCAAUAUUUAUUGUCAGAACUGGAGAGUAUUUUCCAGGAGCACUCAGAGCAAGAAGAAAAGAUAAACCGUGCUCAUUUUAUGUUAAAUAAGAUCGAGAAAGAAAAGAUGCUUGAAGUAGAGAAUCUCGAGAGGGAGGUCGUCAGCCUCAAUGCACAGGUCUCCUCCACACAUGAGGAGAGAGAAGAUGACACAGUAGAUGCCAUUCGGGAGGUAUCUAUUCUGCGAGCUGACAAGGCUAAACUUGAGGCUAAUUUCGAAAAUGUCAGUGCGCAGUUGAGACAUUACGAGUCUCAGUUAGAGGACCUUCGCAAGGAGUCCAAAAGCAAGAUUAAAGGUUUGGUUGAUUCCCUUAACGCAUCCAAACAGAGCGAGGAAAUGUUGACAGCAGAUGCUGAACAUAUGAAGAAGUUGAUGGAAGCUGCUAAAUCAAAUGAAGAUGAGCUACGGAAGAUCUCUGGUGAACAAGAGUUAAAGCUUAAAUCUAGUGACUAUGAGAAACAGCAAAUGAUGGAGGAAUUAUCUGGCCUGAAACUGCAAGUCCAGAAAAUAACUAGUCUUCAAGAUGAAGCUUCCAAACUUAAAAGCUCCCUUGACGAGGUUAAAUUUGAAAAGGGAAAAAUUAAGGAGCUACUGCAGUCUGUGACUGAGGAAUGUGAAGAACUGAAGGCACAGAAAGCUAUGUUAACAGAUAAAGUUUCUGAAAUGCAAGAGACUUUGAAGAAUGGUGAAGAAGAAAAACGAAGCAGAAGAUCUAUGCAAGCAAAGCUUGUGAGAUUGGAGAGUGAUUUAUCUGCAUCGGAAGCAUCGCAUGUACAUGAAGCAGAGUUAAAGAACGAACUUAGUAGGAUCAGAAGAUCAAACAGUGAAUACCAGAGGAAGAUACAGUCACUUGAGCAGGAAAUUGAGGAUUUGACUAGGCAAACUCAGGAGAUUGGAGAUUCUACACUUAACAGGGAAACAGAUCUUCAGUCGAAGAUUGAAUUACUGGAAACUAAGCUUUCAGAAGCCCUGGAGGAAAAUAAGAUGCACAGGGCUCAAGAAAAGAGUCCCAUUUCGGAUGGGCAAUCUUCUGCUGAGGAAAAGAUUUUGCAACUGGAAGGAGAUCUAAGAGAUAUGAAGGAGCGAUUUCUCAACAUGAGCUUAGAGUACGCAGAGGUGGAGGCCCAGCGGGAACGAUUAGUGAUGGAGCUGAAAACUCUCAAGAAGGGGGGACGAUGGUUCUAGCAUGAUGCAGAACGUUUGCCUGAUAUAACCAUAAGACUGACAACACAGAUGACCCACCAUCAGUCUGCGUCAUGUCUGGACCAUGACAAUAGCACUCGUGUCACAUUCUCAUGAUAUGAAAAGCAAGUGCAGAACCACAUGUCAUGUGCACUGCACUUACUAGUUGGCACCGGAGGAUGUGUACCAGAAUGGUUUCCCUGAUGAGGUGAGAAUUGUGACUCAGACUAGUUCCUGGAAGAAAAGGCCACCCUCCACCUGUAAGCAUCACUAUGAUAGUCCCAAUUUAACUAAUCGAUUAUGCAAUGCCAUGUUUUCUUCAUCCAGUAUACUUGUUCCUCAUUUGAUCGGUAGGGUGAACGGUAUUUGUUCAUAUGGUUACUUGGAUCACCCACCCACAGUUUACUUGGCGAUUUAGGGUACAUGCGAAGGCUACUUUAGCUGUCGAUAAAUGUUGUUCUUCGUAUUGUUUGUGGGACCAGCCUGAAGAUGUUAAGCUAGUAAUACAGUCACUAUACUCUCAUACAUGAUUGUAAUUCAUUAUGUACAACAAGGAGGUAAAUACUUUUUUUAAAAACUUUCAUCGCAAAAUUUGGUGAGAUGUCAUCAAGCCUGGUAUUGAUACAUUUUAUCA